CUGAUCAGUUCAUAUUUGAAUUUUAAGCACAAAAAAAAAAAAAAAGAAAGAAAAAAAAAACCCACCAAAUUGAAGGAAUUAUUUUUGAUUUUCAAUUGGAAAUAAUAUGAAUUUGAUUUUGAGAGCCAUAAAUGACGUUUUAAAGAAGGUAGAGGUGCGAAUUCACAGCCACUUGCCCAACUUUUUUUUGUCACUUUUUGAAGGUUCUUUUAUCUUCUAUCACGUCUCUAACCUUAAAUCCUCUGGCCUUUCUCUGUUGGUAUUUGUGGAACUUCCAAAAAUACCAGUGAAUUUGCGCUGAAUAUAUAUAAAUAUAUAUAUUUUAUAUGUAAUUUGUAAAGUCAAAAUAGCUAUAAUCAAAAUUCCCACACGCAAAGUUUCUUUCUUUUUCGACUUUGAAAUUUAUUCAUUACAUGUUUUGGAAAAUCAAAUAAACGUAAAUGUAAAGAUAUUCUUUUAUUAAUAUUGUUUUGAUUAUUAUUCGAAAGAUUGAGACUUUCUUCCACUCAGAUCGCAUCUUCAACAGAACCCAGGCUGUUUCGUCGGUCCUUCUUUUUCAACUCUUUUUUUUAUUUUUUAUUUUCCAUUAACAAAAUCGGAAAAAAAAUAAAAUAAAAUAUCCACAUGGCGUUGAAGCCCUCAAGGAUUCGUACUUUCCACCCUUUUCAUGCAUUAAGGAACAAAGUGUUUUUUCGGUUUCUAAUGCUGUAGAAUUCAGGGCCAGAUUUGGUUCACAUAGAAGGAAUAAGAAAUCGAGCUUGGAAGUAAUGGCUCCUCCUGUGAGGUUGCCAGGGGUUGACAAGGAAUUGCAGAAGCUUUUGGAUGCUAAUAUGGAUAAAGCUCCAGCUAGAAGACGAGCUCGAGAGGCUUUUAAGGAUAUUCAACUUGGGAUUGAUCAUAUUUUGUUUAAGACGCCAACUGAUGGAUUGAAAAUGAAAGAGUCAUAUGAGGUGAACUCUAGGGGAUUGGAAAUUUUCUCCAAAAGUUGGCUGCCGGAGACAUCUCGCCCUAAAGCAUUAGUGUGUUACUGUCAUGGCUAUGGUGAUACGUGCACAUUUUUUUUCGAAGGAAUUGCAAGGAAGUUGGCAUCACGUGGAUAUGGAGUUUUUGCAAUGGAUUAUCCAGGACUUGGUCUUUCAGAAGGACUCCAUUGCUAUAUUCCUAGCUUUGACGGGCUUGUAGAUGAUGUCAUCGAGCAUUACUCCAAAGUAAAAGAGAAUCCGGAGUACUCUACCCUUCCAAGCUUCCUCUUUGGACAGUCGCUGGGUGGAGCUGUAGCUCUGAAGAUUCACCUAAAGCAACCUAAUGCAUGGAAUGGUGCAAUUCUUGUUGCACCCAUGUGCAAAAUUGCAGAUGACAUGGUUCCACCAUGGCUGCUGACACAAAUCUUGAUCGGUGUGUCUAAGUUUCUUCCGGCAAUGAAAUUAGUUCCAAAUAAGGAUUUGGCCGAGGCAUCGUUUAGGGACUUGAAGAAGAGAGAAAUGACUGCCUAUAAUGUUAUUGCUUACAAGGAUAAACCGCGCUUGCGAACUGCUGUAGAAAUGCUAAGAACUACACAAGAGAUAGAACGUAGGUUAGAAGAGGUCUCCCUGCCAUUAUUAGUUCUGCAUGGAGAGGCUGACAUUGUUACCGAUCCAUCUGUGAGCAAGGCCUUGUAUGAGAAGGCUAAAAGUUCGGACAAGAAGCUUAAGCUUUACAAGGAUGCAUACCAUUCUCUUCUAGAGGGUGAGCCAGACGAAAUGAUAGUUCAAGUUUUUGAUGACAUUGUUUCUUGGCUUGAUGAACAUAGCACAAUAACUACAGACAGCUGACCUCGCUAUCUUUGUGUGCACGCCAGCUUGUGGCCGUGUGCAUGUGUACAAAAGGGGACUUGAAAUUGUUGUUACAAAGUUUUCCAUUUUGUGCAUAAACUAUCAAGUAGCUAACAUUGGAAAACCUUAUUUUCCAUACAUUUUUACUUUAACUUAUUGACCAUUUUGUUUAUUGACAUAAAUGGCUGGAGCUUUUCCUGUUUAACUUCAGAUUGACUGGGAAGUUGCUCGAGGUCGAUACGCUAUAUAUGAUAAGAGUUUCUACUUAUUUCUUCCA